CUUUAAAUUCAUUGCGAUUUCAACUUCACCGUGUGUUUAAUCGGUGGGAGAGAAUCUGAAAUGAAUACAGAAUCUUUGCUUAGGUACCACACCACAAAUUCGUUGAACGCAAGGUACCUAACACAGGCAUAAGUAGGUUUCCUACCGCAGAGGUCAAAGUAGUACCACUUUCGGAUUUAAACCGCGCAAUUUAGUGUGUUUACUAAAGUGUUAAGUUGGUGUUUAAAAAUGAAGUUUAUUAUUGGCACUGUGGUGUUUAUUGCUAUUUUCCAAAAAGCCUUCAGUCUCCGUUGUUGGAGAUGUUCGAGUGACAUUGAUUCAUCCUGCAGAGAUCCCUUUAACGACUAUAAUUCUCGAUCCGGGUCCAAUUCAUACGUUUCGCAACAAAGCUAUCAACAAAGACCGUACGAAAAUCAAAGGCAAUACGACUACAAUAACAGACAAUAUGACAAUAAUAAUUACAAUAGGCAGUAUGACCCUAAUUACAACAGACAGUACGACCAGAACUAUAAUAAUGGCGGAUAUAAUGGAGGAUAUCGAAAUGAUUUAAAUAGUAGACCGAACUACGAGACUUGUGACGACAACGAAGCAAGGAACAGGCGAAUGAAGAAUGUUUGUCUGAAGGAAAUUGUAAGAGGAAGCAACUACGUAAGUGUUGUUCGACGAUGUGAACUGGUUCCGUAUGAACAAACAAUAGGAACAUGCUCCCAAAGCGUCAGCCGAGGACUAACCCUAGAUUUCUGUGAAUAUUGCGAUUGGGACGGCUGUAACUCCGCCAAUGGGCACAAAACUAACCUCUUAGUUGGAAUGAUAUCCUUAAUUGCUGUCUUUUUAUAUCAUUAGAUACUUACAAGAUUAAUUACUUUAAUUAAUUAAGCAGUGAUGGUGCGAAAACUACCGGAGGGACUCUUAAAUCAUCACAAACCAUCGUUAUAGAUGUAGUUAAUAAGUAAAUUAGUUGUUUAGAUACAAAAAAAUGUACAAAAAUUUUAUUAAUGUUUUAUUUAAUUUUAACUAAAUUGUGGAUACGAGGUUUAUUCAUUUGAAACUAAUCUUUGGUUCAGAAUCAAUUUAUUGGUAGGUAGGUACUUGUAUCUACAUAUUUUAUAAUUAACACUUUAAUGAAGAUACUUCUCGCAUUUUUUCUCCAAUCGAUGUAUAUCAUGCUUAAAAAAUUCUUGUGGCUGUUGCUCUAACAAUUCUUUUACGUCAUUUUGUACUUCUUCGUCCGACUGAAAACGAUUAAGUACCUUUUAACACCUUUUUUAAUUACCCAAAGAUGUAAAAAUCGCAAGGCGAUAACUCGAGACUAUAGGGUGGAUGCUCUUACCUAUAUAUUCCAUCCCUUUCGUCGUAAAUUUUCUUUCACUAUUAUAUUUGACUAUUACAUACAUACCUGUCAUUGCAGAACGUCAAUUGAAUGAUUACAAUUACUUUCAUUGCUAACCUGACCAAAGAUACGAUUCAAUUGAACAAGCGUCUCCUAUAUUUACAAAGCACUUUACAUUUCUUACAUAAUAUGAACAUUCCGUUUUAAUAAUACCAAUAGUUAUUUUAUUACCUAUAUAUAUUAUUUUUUAGGCAUUGUAAAGAUUCGAAAAAUAUCUUUAUAUUAAAAAAAACUCUAUGA